GUUCUAUCAGCUGUGCACCAGCAUAUCCGCCUGAUUCGCGACUGUUUACAAUCAGAAGACAGACAGACCAGAAUGGGGAGCCCCGCAUGAGCAGAACUGAUAAACCUUCAUCUGUCGUGAGUCUAAGCUGAGGAGAAACACAUUGUUGUGACUAUAAAUCCUCCUGUUCUUGCUCUGUGGUGUGUUCAGUUACUCUAUGGUUCUGUUGGGUGGUGGUCAUGCAGCACCCUAACUUUGAGACCCACCACCCUCUCCAGCCAGAGGGAGAGCAGGAGACUGGUUUUGACCCGCUCCACAACUUAAACCGGAAUCUCAGCCGUGGAGGAUCUCUGGAUAGUAGCACUUUGUCUGAGUCCACUUUCCUCUCCUACAGGAAAGAAUGGGAUGACUUGUUUCUGAACAGUAAUUACCUGACCAGGAUCCGGCAGGCAGGCAUCAACGGUCGAUUGCGGAGCAGCCGAUUCCGCAGUGUGUGCUGGAAGUUGUACCUGGAGGUCCUUCCUGAGGAUAAGAGUCAAUGGAUCAACAAGACCAAGGAGUUACGAUCCCAGUACGAGAAGAUCAAAGAGACACACAUCACCAACCCCCGUAAGGCUGCAGGCCAGCAGGACUUGGUGGUCAACAACCCACUCUCACAGGACGAGGGGAGCCUGUGGAACAAGUUCUUCCAGGACAACGAGUUGAGAGGGAUGAUCAAACAGGACGUUAUGAGAACGUUUCCUGAGAUGCGUUACUUCCAAGAGGAGGACGUAAGGACCAAGCUGACAGACAUCUUGUUCUGUUACGCCCGAGAGAAUGAGCAGUUACUGUACAAACAGGGAAUGCAUGAGUUGUUGGCUCCUAUUGUGUUCGUCCUACACUGUGACUAUCAGGCCUUUCAGCACGCCAGCGAGACCGCCCACCCCAGUGAGGAGAUGAUGUCUCUACUGAAUCCUAUGUUCCAGGAGCAUGAUGCCUAUGCCAUGUUUUCCCAGCUGAUGGAGACAGCAGAAGCCUGGUUCUCCAGCUUCCAGAGGGAAGUCAGAAGGGACAAGGAGGAGAUGCUGACCAGCAUGCCGUUCGCCCGGCCGCAGGACUUGGGGCCGCCUGUUGCCAUAGUAACCAAAGUGAACCGCAUCCAGGACCAGCUGGUGAAAAAGCACGAUGUGGAGCUGCACAUGCACGUCAACCGCCUGGAGAUCGCCCCGCAGAUAUACGGCAUGUGAGUAUCGCCACCUGUGUUUGUGUGUCUGGGUCUAAGUGCAUGUGCGUGUCUGUUUAAUGUGUGUGCGUGUCUGUU